CUUCCCAGCCUGUCAACUCGGAAUUGUCUUUCUGAUUGAAUGAACUCAGCAGAGCUACACCAGCCCACUGCACCCUGCCUCAUCCCACGGAGCUCCAAGAGCAUCAUCACCUCCCUCCGCUGGCAGAGCCCAGCAAGGCUGAGGAAGGCUGAAAAGUUUCCAGUUCCUCGGUGGCUAACCAAGAAGGAGCUCCUCCUCUGCUGCUAUGAAAGGAAGCCUCUAAGCCCUGCCACUGCCCCAUCAGCUGCUGGCCUCUAGAAGAUCUGCAAAGCAUGAAGGCUGUGGCUCUCUUCCUUUGCCUUUUAGGACCAGCUUUUGCUAUCCCAACCCAUCCCUUCAACUACAAGCUGGGAACUCAUGGACAGAAGACUCCAGAAAAGAGGGAGGACCUUCACCCUGAAGCCUCAAGAGAAGGGAAUGCAGACAAGGGUGCCCUGCUGCCCCACCAGCAGGCUCUAAACCUAGAGGUGCCAGGGCCAGAUGCUGAGCCCCAGACCACUAGAAAAGAAGGAAGGUUUAGCAGCCAGCACCAAGUGAAAAACAGCCUGAAAAGCACCAACCUCCUUGCACCACACAACAAACCAGGCAGGGCUGCUGACAGCCAGGAGGGUGACUCUGGGAGCAGCAGCAGGGAGCAGCCCAGCCCUGAGCAUGAGGAGCACAGCAACACUGCCAGCAGGCAUGCUCUGGGCAAGGCAGGACCCCCCCUGGGUGCUCUCAGCCUUCAGCAUGAGCUUCAGCUCUGGAAACACAACCCAAAUGCAAUAGGCCUGGCUGAAGAAAGCAGUGAGAGUGAUGAAGGAGGAGAAGGAGUGGAAGAAGAGGAUGAGGAAGUCAAUUACAGAGAUGUGAAGCAUGAAGGCCUCCAGCCCAGUCUGAGUGACCAAUACAAAAGGCAGCAGAAGGAAAACGCUCUGCAAGCUGCUGCCACCCUGAGAGGUGCCAACAGCCCAAUCCUGAGAGCCAACAGAGAGAGGGAGGAAUUCCACCUAGAGGAUGAAGAGGAGAGGGAGAAGGUCCAGAAGGAAGCCUCUGAAGAGGAAAUUCCCCUCUCUCAAAGGGCACACAGCAAAGAGCAAGGUGAGACCCAGCAAAGCCAGGAGCCAGGCAAGCUGCAGGUGGACUACCAGAGUGAUGACAGCACAGCUGGGGGAAGGCAAGGCAAGGAGGGCAGGGGUGGUGGUGCUGACCGUGGCCAUGAGCAUGGUGAGGAAGGUCUCAGCAACACCUGGCAAGAAGCAGCCUAUGAGGAAGAGGAGGCAAUCCAGAGGAACGACCAGGAGCAGCGAGGGGCAGGAGCCACAGAGGAGGGCACUGCAGCCCAGAGAGAGACUGAGGAUUCCCAAGGGGGCAAGAGGAAAGGCUCUGCUCACUCUGAGCAGGAGGAUGGCAAGCCUGAGCCACUGCCCUCUGACAGCCAGAAACAAGAGGACCCGAGGAGCUCUGCUCAGAGCCUGAAUUCCAUGGAAAGUGAGGAUCAGGUGAAGAGUCCAGGCAGCUCCCACAGUGAGAUGGAAAGGGCAAGCACCAGGAGCCAGCUGGCCCUGCUGGAUCCCUGUAGGAACUUCCACUGCAGAAAGGGGAAAGUCUGCCAGGUGGACAAGCAAGGGAGAGCCAACUGCACCUGCCAAGAUCCUGCUGCUUGCCCUUCCACCAAAGACUACGAGCAUGUCUGUGGUACCGAUAACAAGACCUACCACGGGACGUGUCAGCUCUUUGGCACCAAAUGCCAACUGGAAGGGACAAAACUGGGCCACCAGCUGCACCUAGACUAUAUGGGCUCCUGCAAAUACAUUCCCCAGUGCACGGAUUAUGAAGUGGCUCAGUUCCCGCUGCGGAUGCGAGAUUGGCUCAAGAACAUCCUGAUGCAGUACUACGAGAGGGACCUGGGCACUGCUGCACUGCUGACUGAGAAGCAAAGGAGCAAGGUCAGAAAGAUCUACCAGGACGAGCAGCGCCUGGCAGCUGGCGAGCACGCAGUGGAGCUGCUCCUGCACGACUUCCAGCAGAACUACCACAUGUAUGUGUACCCUGUGCACUGGCAGUUCCACCAGCUCGACCAGCACCCUGCUGACAGGCUGCUGACACACUCAGAGCUGGCACCCCUGAGGGCCUCCCUUGUUCCCAUGGAGCACUGCAUAACUCGCUUCUUCCAGGAGUGUGAUGGGGACCAGGACAAGCUCAUUGCUCUGAAGGAGUGGUGCCACUGCUUUGGCAUUAAGGAAGAAGACAUAAAUGAAAGCCUCCUGUUCUGAGCCCUGGCCCCCAGCAAUCCCAGGGCUGAAGUUCAGGAACCCUCUUUGCUUCUCCAAGUCACAGCUUCACAGUUUGCAAGACUAAGGUGGCCUAAAGGUGGCUGCACAGCAGGCAACUCGAGUGUAGGGAAGGUCUAUGCUUGCUGACAGCUCAAAAAUGUACCUGCCUCAAGUAGGUGGCUGCUCAGCCCCCUCUGCUUGCCCCCACCUCUGCCCACGAUGUCUCUGAACCAACAACCAGGACUGCCCUGCUGGCUGAGCUGUUCACAGAACCCUCUCAGUAGAGCUGUAGGAGUGGAUUUUGCCACAUGCUGAAGACAAUUGCCUCGACCUAGGGCUUGUUUCCUUGCCUUGCUGCAGUGUCAGUGUGUAACAGCCUGCUUAGGAGCCUCACAUCAAAUAAAAACCUACC